GCUGACGACUGGCGUUGGUGGCAUUGCUGUGCGCGCUGGCUCCGUCGCACACAAUCGGAAUGAUUACAUCGUGCGCUAACCCAGAUGGCAUUGAGAACCAGUGGUCAUGUAAUGAAAAUAAGGUGUUUGAUUUACGAAACGUUGCCAAAGUACAUAUGGAAACCAGCUACGAGGAAAGGAAUUUUCACUCGCAAUUCCAAUGUUCUGAUGCAAAAAUCAGUUGUUAUUCCCCCAGCGAAACGUGUAUGACCGAAGUUCCAGACAUCUUACCCCAUAACACUUUUGAUGAACAUAAAACCCUACCGCAUGACUAUAACAGAGGGGCGCAUCGCGGAAGAGACCCUUGCGUUCGUGAAGUGCUCGAGCACCACUAUUCCUUCGAUCCUAACCAUAAAGUGAUCGGCACGAAUUCCACCGCUGGUUUGAUGCAGUGUGAGUUUAACCAGUGGUGGUACCCAAGUUUCGAACAACUGUCGGAUCACUCCACCCUGAGGACGUAUAAUCAAACAUCUGUGUAUCCCCGACUAGCAGCUCACACCGCAUCGGAUCAUUCAUCCAACCCAUUCUUCUUGUAUCCGACUAUAUCACAAAAGGAUCCCCACCCAUUAGACGAUUAUCAGCCUGUGGCAUGGGAUCCAUCGCAAUCAACUUUGAUACCACCACAUCUUGCUUUUGGAUUUCGGAAUUGUGCGUCAAAUUUGGUUACCGCAGCGUACUCGGCCUCCUUCUCCGUCAUCCCAAGAACGAGUUCCGCUUUUUUGUCCUCAAUGUUGCACGCAAAGCCAAUGGCCCCAUUCAUUCACCCGACCCCGGAUUUGCUCGAAAACCCCGCGUCUUCCGACGCCCAUCAUUCUGGAGGCACGAAUGGGGAAGCAUUCGUCAAACCACCAUUCUCUUACAUAGCUCUGAUCACAAUGGCGAUCACGGAGCAACCGGAAAAAAGGGCUACAUUGAAUGGAAUUUAUCGAUUCAUCAUGGAAAGAUUUCCAUACUACCGGGAGAACAAACAGGGCUGGCAGAAUUCCAUUAGACACAAUCUCAGCCUGAACGAUUGUUUUAUCAAAGUGCCGCGCGACGAUAAGAAACCGGGAAAAGGCUCCUUUUGGACUUUGCAUCCAGACGCACAGGGUAUGUUUGAUAAUGGAUCGUUUCUGCGUCGGAAACGCCGUUUCAAAACCGACCACAGUAUGCCUGGCCGAUACUGCAGUUCGAAGAAGCGGUAUCUCGCCGAAUUAGCCAAAGGAGCUGAUAUUCUAGAAGGUUCCGUUGGUGAGGAUAAUCCAAAUUCAGGACCGAAUGAGAACUCGACAUAUCAAAGCUGUAGUUCGGUGCAACGAAAAGAUCACAUUCGAAAGCCUCAAGAGCUCAAAAACUCCCAUCAAAUUCCCCACCAGUACGACGACUAUCCCAACCUGAAUGGCUACAACCCGCUGGUCAGUUUACAACAGCAGUUGGACGAACCCUGUUUGAUUCGAGGUCUCCCCGUGAAUGCUAACGGUGGUUGUGACUGCACUGUCUCGGAGGCGCUCACGGCAUUCCAACCGAGGACAGUGCGUCAGGAGCUUUACCUAACAGGCUUCCCAUUGUCCUCAGGCGCAGCAGAAGUUUGUAGAACUUUGGAUCACGCGUCCUCUGUUGGGUGUUUGGAUGCAGACGGCGGUCCUGUCGCACAAGACAUUCAACACGGUCUUCUCCACCCUGGCCAGAUCGAUGGCGGGCAGGAUUUUACUCGGUCGGCAAUAAGCAAAGGUCAAUGUUCUCAAACUACCAUCAAUCUGGGCGUGAAUCACCAAGGUGUAACGUGUGAAGGAUCGUGCCAGAGUCCACUUUCGUAUGUCAUGGAAUCACUCCAAGCUAGAGGGAACGGGACGGAGCUGAGCGCUGGUCAAUUUGAAGGAAUUAUGAAUCCAUACUCCAUGGAAGGACAGAUGAAGCAAGAGACAUCCUCUGAAGUUUAUUCACCGUACACUCACCUUGGUCUACCGAAACGAAUUCAUCAGGAAACUGCAGUGGAGAUGGAAAAUGGAGAGCGAGAUACCCCAUCAACUGAUAGAAAAACAUCGCCAACUGAACCACGACUGCAGAAUGAACCUGUGGAUGGACAUGGAGAGUGUUCUGCGAUUGAGGGGCUAGCUUUCCCAUCUACAUAUCCGCAGUUAUCUUUUGCCCCGCCGAUCCCCACUCCGUCAAACGACCACCUGAUAAACCCACUUGACUCAAUGACGAUGGCUGCCGCCGCCGCAGCACUUGCCUGGCGUGCUGGAUUGACCGAGACUCAUUUACACUGGCCGGAGUCAGAAUACCAGCCAUCAAGUGCAUUGCGUAAUGACAGAUUAGAACAUUUAUGGUAUGCUAACAAGGCGGAAGCAACAUCGUACCCACUGACGAACCAUUUCACAAUGGACCAACGUACACCGCCGUUUGGAGGAUCUCUGAGUGGUUCAUCAUGCACCACAGAUUCGUCCACCGGGUUGAACGACACAGAUCUGGCCCUGUCAAAUUCCCUUAUAUCCCCAAUCUCCGGUACCCAAAGCGAAUUCAAUCCUUUAGGCCAUCAUAUUAAGCUGGAAAAUUGUCUGACAUAUAUGCAAAACUCCGCCCAAUAAUAGCACAUAUCACCUCUGUCUUGACAAUGCCAGCAAAUAUUUCAUCCUUGACCUAGGGUUAAUUGAAGUUCACCUCCCCACACACACACCGAUCGUGUACACGACCUCCUAUUGAUUUUCCAUCCAGGCGCCGCAAUCUUAUUCAUUUCUCAUUUGUACAUUUUUAGGGAUGAAUGAUUAAAACUGUUGUAAUUGAUAC